AUGGAACAACUUCGAGAGUAUUUAUUGAAGAAUGAGUGGGUAAGAGAUGGGGGCAUUCCAUCUUUAACCUAUGGUGAACUGGCUCCUACUUCAACGAGCUACUUAGACAAAUGGCUUGCUGAUUUUGAGAGCAAAACGUUGAACCCAGUAAGCGGAUUUGAAGAAAAUAAAGAUGGCAAUACUGAUUACAUUGCAAAAAUAUCGAUGCCCAUAGAAAAACAGAUUCCUCAACUAGAAAAGGGGCUUUAUGGACAGGGCUGGUCAGUAACUAAGAAAAGCAGUAAUCAGAUUACAGUGGUCAAAGCUGCCGAAUUUACUCCCAAGAAUGAUGUUUCAACAGCAUCUAAGCCAGUGAACACCAGUGUAAAAGAUACCAACAGGAAAACCGAGAAGGAGAAGAAGAAAACAUUUAAUUAUUCAUAA